AUGACGACGAAGAGCAAGGCAGCGAGAGGGCCACUGGUGGUUGCGACCCCGCCGGACGGAGGCUGGGGCUGGAUGAUCGUUGCUGGGUGCUUCCUUACCACCAUCUGCACACGUGCUGUCACCAGAUGUGUCUCCAUCUUCUUUGUAGAGUUCCAGUUGCACUUUGAAAGGGCCUACGCUACCACAGCCUGGAUCAACAGUCUGAUGGACUGUACUACUAUGCUCUGCGCUCCUCUGGGCAGCUUCAUUGGGAACCGUCUCUCCUGCAAAGUUACAGUUCUCCUGGGAGGCCUGCUGUCCUCCACCGGCCUGGUACUCAGCUCUUUUGCAACCAGCCUCGAGUUUCUCUACAUCUCUCUGGGGCUCCUCACAGGUCUUGGCUUCGCCCUCAGCUACACGCCAGCUAUAGCCAUGGUGGGGACGUACUUCAGUGAGAGGAAAGCUUUGGCCUAUGGCAUCGCCAUGUCAGGUAGUGGCAUUGGGACCUUCGUUCUGGCUCCUGCGGUCCAGCUGCUGACAGAGCAGUACUCCUGGAGAGGAGCUCUGCUCAUCUUGGGAGGUUUCGUCUCCAACCUGUGUGUCUGUGGGGCUUUAAUGAGGCCCCUGGAGCCCAAAGCUGACAGGAAUUGGGUGGACACUGUGGGAGACUUAGAGAACGGGAAUUACAUGGUGGUGAAUUCCAGUGCUGUUGAAAAAGUAGCGGGUGAUUGCAAGCAGCUGGAUGCCAUCAACUCAGGGGACUCAAGGCUGCACAAUGUUGACAAAAAGCUCAGAAACUAUCAGCUUGAAAACGACAAAUUUGCCCAGGCGCAGCUAGCAAAUGUCUUGCUAUCAAAUAAAAAGCUGUCUGACACGAUGAUAACAGAAUUGAAACUAGCAGGGCCCGUGGUGAUUACCAACAACAAGCUAACAGAGAAAAUGCUAGCAGAGAUCAAACUUGCAGACCCCAAGAUAGCCAGUGGCAGUACACUCGAGGACUUAAAGAUGUUGGAGAACAUGAAUUGGAACAUCAAGCAGGCUCACAUCAUGGAUUCUCAACUAUCUGCAGCUGUGAUAGCCAACACCAUAGACCCUAACUUUGUGGGCAUCAUAGAUAAUAAACAAGUUUCAAGUCUCACUGAAACAAAACAAGCAGAUUUGAAACAUUUCACUGCUGAUGAGAACACUAAAAUUGCAAGCUCUCUCUCUCAGCCAGCGCCUCUAGUGGACAUCAAAUCUUUCUCCAGGGUCAAAUGUUCAUGUCUAAAAUCUCUGGAAGAGUAUGGGUUCCUCUUGGAGCCCGACUUCCUGGUUCUGUCAGUGUCCUUCCUGUUUUUGGCAUAUGGCUGCAGCGUUCCCAUCAUCUACCUGGUUCCUUAUGCCCUCAGUGUUGGGGUGGAGCACCAGCAAGCUGCCUUCCUUAUGUCCAUACUUGGAGUCAGUGGUAUUGUGGGAAAUAUCACCUUCGGAUGGAUUACCGAUAGAAAGUGUCUAAGGAGGUAUCGCAAAUUGAGCUAUAUGGUGGCAGUCGGCAUGGAGGGCGUCUGCUGCAUGUUCAUUCCUCUCCUCGGCUCCUUCUCUCACCUGGUCCCUUUCGCCUUGCUCUACGGCUACUUCGAUGGGGCAUAUGUCGCUCUCAUCCCCGUGGUGACCUCAGACAUCGUAGGCCCCGCUUACCUGUCCUCAGCUCUGGGUGUGGUCUACUUUCUACAUGCCAUCCCCUACCUGGUCAGCCCACCAAUAGGAGGUUUGUUAGUGGACAGGACAGGAGACUACACUGCAUCCUUCUUCCUCAGCGGGGUCGCCCUCAUGUCCAGCCCCCUCUUCCUCUCCAUCGUUAUGUUAGUCAGACGCUGCUGGAGAGCCAAGUCUGACUCAAAAGACCCUUUAGACUCCAAGAUCCUGUCGGUGAAGAGCGGAUAAUUGACCAGAACCAAAGCUAGAAAGAAACUGUGCCUUUGUCAGAGCAAGGUUGUCCCCAUGAGAAGCCUCUGACAACACGGGAAGGAAUUUAUAGAGUCGCCCUCGGGUGGUAGUGUUCCUACCUCAGUGUGAAAUGGCUUCAAGUCUCCAUAGUUUAUAAAAAAAAGAAAGAAAUUGAUUUCCUAGGCUAGAUUGCAAUAUUAAGACAGGGCCCCUUAGUGGGAUUUGAGUCCACCUUUAUAGAUCUGGUUAUCUUUGUACAGUUUCAGAAUGAUUUUUGCAAUAUGAAUAUUUUUUCAAGAUUUCGUAUUUGAUUGCUGUGCAUAUUCAAAAAGAGCGCUUGAUUUCAGCAGCUGUGCUGGUGAUGGAACUGUUGUCAUUUUUUG